AUGCGAAUGGUCAUCCUGGCAGCACUAAGCAUUGUCUCUGAUGAUGGACCCGGAAGUAACGACAAUGUACUGGUGGAAGAACUCCUCACGCAGAAUUCAUGCGCCGCGCUGACUUCAGCUAUGCGCAUGCGAAAAGACACAACAGUCAUCGAAAUGAGAAACGGCACUCCUACAGAACAGCCUCGCGAUAUCUACCACAUGAAUCGGACAUUAACAUCCCAUGACGGGAGCACGAGCCCGCUUCGCUCUCUUGACCGCGCGCACAAUGGCGGAGAUCUGACCAUGCUCAAUGCUCCCACCAGCUUUAUUUUAACUCAUAGUCGUGAUCCUGACUGCAAUGUAUCAACUUUUUCUAAGAGGGGAUCAUUCGAAAAGUGUCAAGAAUGUGGAACAUUGAACCGCUUACACCUGUCUCUCUCUCUCUCACUCUCAUACAACCUCCGGAAGCGCAAUGGAACCAAUAGUGAAUUCGGAGUGCCUCGCUCCAUUUCCUAA